AGGUGCUUUGAUGAUACACUUCAAAUUCAUUUCCGUUGUUGGAACUCAUAUUUCUGUUGGGUGUGGAUCUUAAGUUUCACCUUUUCGGGAUUAUUUGGAAUACAAAAUGGCAUAUAUUGAUCCUGCAACAGCAUGGAUGAAAUACAUAAUAUUUAUGAUAAAUUUUGUCAUCUGGGUAAUGGGAGGUGCAAUUCUUGGUAUCGGAAUCUGGAUAAGGGCUGAUUCUGACUUUUGGGAGUACCAUAAUGGUAUGAACAUCCCACAGUACUAUCAAGCUUGUUACGUUGUAAUUACACUUGGUGUCAUUAUCCUAAUUAUUGGAUUCUUUGGAUGUUGUGGAGCAGCUUUGGACAGUCCUUGUAUGCUUUUUACGUAUUUCGUCAUUAUGGUUCUGGUCGUAGUUAUGGAACUAGCAGCUACCGGAUUGGUGUGGAAGCAUGCAGAUGGAGAGAAGUUUCAAGAUUUCCUGACGACAUCCAUAAAAGAACAAAUUGACAAAUAUAUAGCAGGAGAUGGAGAUUCUGGCAGAUUUAUUGAGCUCUUGCAACUACACUUGGAAUGCUGUGGAGGAAGAGAUAAAGAUGAUUAUCAUGAAGAUGACAUACCCCAAUCUUGCAGCAGUGACAGAACGAACAAUAUCUUCAUUCACGGUUGUGGAGAGAAUUUGAGACGUUAUCUGGAGCAGAAAGCUGGCGCAAUUGGCGGUGUAGCUCUCGGUUUGGUACUAGUACAGAUUCUGAGUCUUAUAUUUACGGGUUGCCUUUUCUGCAUAUUACGCGAAGACGCCACGCAAGCCUAUUGAGAUAAAACCUAAAGAGAUGAAAAAAAAAAAUCCAUCCAACGUUACAUUUAAAACGCAGUGUUCAUUCUUCGUCAUUACUUUAGUUUGUUUCAUGGCAGACAAAGAUUUCAUGUUUUUCAUUGGAUGAAUAUUAAGAUUUUUUUCAUAUUCAUGUUUAAAAAGAUAAAUAACAUGAAUAAAAUAGCAAUUGUUAAGUUAUUUGCAUUUUAUUGGAGAAAAUUAUUAAUCAUGCAAUGUAGACAUUUUUAGCAUAUGUUGGCUAGAUUCAGGAAAAAUGGUACAGCUGCAUUUAUGCCUAGAUAAAAUAUGAAAAAAUAUUUCAUGCUUGUCCAGUAGACGUAGCAGCUUUAGACUCUUGUUUGAUUCAAAUCAGUUACGUCUACUGGACUUAACUGCACUUAGAGUGAGAGAGGAAGUAAACAAAGAGGGUUGCCGCUUGACACCAAAUUUGCCACUUUCAUUAACUACUCGUUAGAUUGGCGAUUCUGUUGGCAAACAUUCCGCUUGUCUGAUUGUCGCUGUUUCCAAUCAUCCCAGCGCCAAAAAAUUUCGCCAAGUAUCAAGUCGCUUUGUUUACUUCCACUGUCAGUUCUUGCUAAAUGCACAAACACUAGAAAUAAUUUUCAGAUUUUACUACGGCAUAAAUGCAGCCGUCGCAUUCUUCCUCAACUAUCUCCUAUUGAAAAACUAGCAGUCAAUGCUAUUUUCUCUAUUGUAUGAGAAAGGAAAAUAUAAUUUCUUCGGAGAGUUCAAAUGUUUUUUUUUUUUUUUAGUCUAUGUUUUCACACUUUUCUUUCUCAUGUAACUCAUACCCUAGUUUCCCAAUCGAUGAACUGUUUUUAAUGACGGCAUUUUGCAUGAGAAAGUAACACUUUUGGAUGUCCUCUCUACCAUUUUAAAUGUGUUUUUAUUGCAUUAAAAUAGAUUAAUAUUCAUUUUAUUCUUAAACAAUGUUCAAAACAUGCAUGGAAACAAUCUUCAAUGACUUUUAGAGCAGAAGUGUAUUGACAGGCAUUUUGAGAAUUACAAAUUUUUGAGUAGAGCGUAGGUAUUUAAAAAUUUAAAGACUCGUAAUAUUCCUUUAUUUCUUCAUUUUUUUGUAUUCCAAACAGGAAUGCGAACAAUGGUAUUAUUUUGUGAAGGUUUUUCUCUUAAUUCACUGUUGUCAAAUGUGUAUUUAAUGCAAUCAUUAUGUCUGUAUGAAAAAUAAAUAUUUUA